CUGGAACGGGGCAGGCUUUUACGGAACGCCAGAGAACAACUCGCUGCAUUUGAUGGAGAGGUAUUUGCCAGGUACUGGGAACGACAUGGUUAAAGCUGAAGUCAGUCUCUGAUCUAUGGAUGUGUUUGAGAAUGGUGUUGCAGAGACAGGCGCAGAGUUGGGCAUCGUUAUGAAAGCACAUACGCCACUCGGUGCGGGAAUGCUUACAGGGCGACUGAGGAGUCCGGAUGGUCUACCGGCAAAUGAGUAUCACCGGUUCUUCCCUCGCUUUCAGCCUGAGAAUUUUGGAAACAAUCUACAGCUGGUUGAGAAGAUCACCAGGUUGGCCGAGGAGAGGAAGUGCAUGCCAGCGCAGUUGGCAUUAGCGUGGAUCAAAUCCAAGAGCAGACAGCCUGGGAUGCCAUUUAUCGUGCCUGUGGCUGGUGCCAGAUCUGAGAGGAGAAUCAUUGCAAUGCAACAGAUGUCGAGCUGACCGAGAAGGAUUUGGAUGAGAUUACUUUCAAUCUAGAUAGCUUCACCGUCGCAUGGGGGAGAUAUCCCGAAGCUGCUGCCAGUCUCGCAGAAUAC